UUUUAAAUUAUUUCUAUCUUUGUUAAUGUUCAAAUAUCAAUAUUGUAAAAUAUUUAAAUUGUGCUUAUUGAUUUUUGUAACGAUUAACUUAUUGAUAAUUCAAUGUGCUAAACAUUUUUAAAACUUAAAACAUAAAUAAUUGUGUAAUACCCGAGCUGGGACUCAUUGCUUGCAACAUAGGUAAGUGUUUUCUAUAAUCAUUCUUAUUUGGAAUUUAUUUCUACUACAAAUGUAAAAUAAAAGAAAAUUCUAUAGAUAAUGUAAAAUAAUCAAAGAUUAUUUUAUUUGUUUUAAAUUGUUAUAUAAGGUUAAACAGUACACAAGCUUGGACAUAAUUAUGACUAGUACAUUCUGUCAAGUUGAUAUAUAAUGCAUUUAUGUAAUUGUUUAUUAUAUCAAACCCACACGUUUUAUACGUCAAAUUGUCAGACAGUGCAUAUAACUGAUGUUAGAGAAUUGCUAUAUAUCGCCGUUUUAGAUAUUUCGGGAGUCAUGGUAUAAGACAGUCCGAAACGAAGACGUAGGAAAUGGGUCUCGUAGAUACCAAGUUAGGUUUUAAAUAUGACACUUGUUAAGAUCAGACUAUUAAAGAAAUCACAAAAUGAAUUAUGAAGUUAUGUACAAAAUAUUCUACUGUGUAAAUAAACAUCAAAAACGUUCAGAUUCAUGUUGUGUUACGUUACAAUAAACAUUAACAUGUAUAAGGGAGGCGUGUGGAGUUAGGGCGUAGCUCGUAUGUUUUGGACGGACAAAUAAAAUUAUGUUUUGUCGACCUAACUAGUAGAUCGUAGAGCAACCAUCUAUUAUACACUGAUAAUUUGUUCACUUGGAUCGUAGAUCAACCAUUUAAUAUACCUCUAAAAUAGAAUAGGCUGAGCUGAUUGAUAGAAUCGCAGAUCAACCAUCUAAUAAACUUUGAAAAUUAGGGUCUUGAAAAUGUCAGCCUAAUGUAAAUGUAUAUUGGAUGGUUGAUUCACGUUGUACAAGCCAGGUCAACCAAUUAAAAACGUACAUUUUUACUGACUACGUAGUACGAGUCUAGACAACCAAUUCUAAAUAUUCUUAAGAUUUUAUUUACCAAUGUACGACAUACAAGCUAUGCGCCAACGUAACACACUUAAUACGUAAGUGGCUUUGUUGGAGAGAAACUCAUUUCCAUUUAGUAAUCUUUCAGGUAAAUUCGUGCAGAAACCCAUUUGAACGAUUUUGCGCUUCAGCUGAACUAAAUUGUAUACAUAACAUUGACCCUUGAUGCAUAUGGACAGAGACAAUGUCAUACUGAAUCUACAAAUAUAAAUUACAAUUUUUAAAAUUUGAUUUGACUUGAUAGAUUGAUCAGUAAAGGCAUCAGGGUACACAUCAUGUAAGCAUUCAUAUUAAUAAAUAUGUAAUGGCAGCACAUAUUAACUUAAUGGAUCUUAAAAUUGAUGCAAAGUCACAGUUCGCGUACCUCGCUUAAGAUAUUCAAUGCUAGCACAGUUAAAGCAUAACGGAGAUCAUUGUUCACCCUGCCGUUUUAACAUCUGCUGCUUUGAGAUAGCAAAAUUAAUAUAUAGUUACUUCAAAAGGAAACGAUACCAUUGGUAUUUAUAUCAUUUUUUGAAUCUGAAAUUUUAUAUGAAGAUUUACUUUUGCUGAUGGUUUAUUUCUUUCCUUUUAGACCGAAAAGCGGAACAUCCGAAACGUUACUGUUUGAUAUUUUAAUACGGAAAGGUACUUAUCACAAGAUGGCGGAUUCUGAAGGCGCUAAAGACGGCCUUGAAGAAAAGGCGAAGGAGCCACAAGCAGAUUCGGCCGAUGUAUCUGAGAAUUUAAGAAUGAAGUUAACGACAAUGAAUAACGAACUUCAAGAUACUUUAAAAAUAGUCGACAGCUACAAAGAAGACAAACGUAUUGCGAUCAAUACUAAAAAUGAACUUGAUGAAACAAAGAAAAAGAUCUCGGUUCUUCAGACAAGACUUUCGGAGUCAGAGUCUAACUGUAGACGUUAUCGAAAUGAAAGAAACAAUUUAAGACAAGAUAUCGCAAAACUCAUUCAGGAAAGGAAACAAAUGAUAUCCUACGAAGAAGACGUACAACAACUCAAACGAGAAAUUGAAAUGCAGAAAAAUAGGUACGAUCGCAAUGAUAGAGAGUGGAAAAACAAGCAGACAGAGAUGGAAAAUAGAUAUGACGAAAUCAUCAAUGAACAAAAACAGAAAAUUCUGUCUGCUGAACAGGAAGUACAACGACUAACGAAAGAGCUGGAAAUGCAGAAAAAUGCUCAUGAGCAAGACAAAUGUAUAUUGGAAAGCAAACAAAAGGAAUCUGAAGAAACAAGUCAAGGUGAGGAUAAACAAGACAAUAAUGAAGUUGAGCAGAAUGAAGACGUCCUAGAGGGACGAAACGGGAAGAUCAAAAGAAGUAAGCUAAAGGGUAUUUCAGAAACGAGCAAAUAUGGUUACAUAGGAAAAAGUGAUCUUAAUGGAAGUUUCGACGAGAGUAAUAAACACUUUAGUGAUGACAACAAUGACGGACCGAAAUCUGAGGAAACUAAUCAAGGUACAGGAGGACAACAGAAAAAUAAACCCGAGCAGAUUGAGGAAGUCAUAGAGAAGCGAGACGUCGACGUCAAAAUCAUUACCCAUGAGAAUAUCAUUAAAGACAGAAAAUAUGAUGAUACCGAUGGAAAAGAAGUAACAGAAAGUUUUACAGACAGUACAACACAGAUAAAUGAUGACAAUACUGGCAAACCCGAAUCUGAGUUUGUAUCAGAAGAACCCGAGACGGCAUUUGAAGACUCAGAAACAAUAAAAAGAACCAAAGAGAAAGACAAGAUAAACGAUGCUAGUACUGAUACCACAAAUCCGUGCGAUACAGUUUUACCGAAAGACUUGGGGUUACGAUAUGAACAGCUGUAUCAAACUCAGUGGGCCGAUGCUUUUGAAAACAUCAGACAACAUUUUAACAGCGAGGAAGAAACGAUCGAGGCUCUUUUAGAGAUACUUGAGGAUAUAAUGAACUUCUGCAAAAGCAAAGCACGAGAACAAAUCGAUGAUCUUUACAGAGUACUGACAUUUUCAGCUGAACAAGAAGACGGAAAUGUCACAGACAAGAUAACCAAGCACUUGAAGGAAUGUAUGAGAGAACUCUCCUGUUUAGGGAAAGAGUAUCUUUACGGGUUAUAUCCAUUAAGUUUACAAAAGAAAUCAAGCCGAACACUUCAAUAUCUUAUGGACAUUGAGGAUUUUGUGAAGGAGAGUUUUGAGCUCCUCUGGCUAAUGGUAAUUCAGGAUCCACCGGUCGUAUUCUGUCCUAUAGCAGAGAAAGGUGAUGUACUUGAUUUGGAUAUAUAUAAAUCUUACAAGACAACUGGGCGAUAUUCAACAUUUACAGUUUUUCCGGCGUUGCUCUUGCAUGAAGAUGGUCCUGUUUUGGCAAUGGGUGUUGCUGAAGGUGACGACCAGCCCAAGACCAGACGCAAACAUGACUUGAGAAGCAGGAACACAAUCACACCGAAAGAUGUUGAUCAUAAGAUUAAGGAUGAACAUGAUUUUCGCGACAGAGAUCACUACUUUCGAAGAGGUGAACGGAAAUAUGGCGAUAGACAUGAUUUCGUCUCUAGAAAUAAAACACUUAUUAGAGACAGAUACGAUCACAGUUUAAAGAAUGAACAUGGUUUUGAUGACACAGAUGAUUUCGUUUCCAGAAAAGAAAUGAAGAAUGGUGAGAGAGAUUUCAUCUCCAGGGAUCAUGAUAAAUUUCGCAAUAAAGUUAAAUUUGUCCCAGAAGAUGAAAUGAGCUUUCAUGAUAGAGGAAAUGUCGUCUCCAGGCAUGACGUAAGGUUUAGUGGUAAAGUCAGCAGAGGUCAAACCGACAUAGAUGAUUUCAUUCUACAUGAAGAAACAUAUGUAAGCGACAGGGAUGAUUUCGCCAAACGGGAUAUAAAGGGCUUUAGCGAUAGAGUCGAGUUUGCCUCAAAAGAUGGAGGAAACUACAGUGAUAGAGGUAAUGUUCAUAUGACAUCACUUUAUGAGAAAGACUCUGCAGAAAUACAUCGCAGUGAAUAUGCAAAUUGGGAGAGUUACCACCGAGCAAAGAUCGCAGAAGAGGAAAGUCCGGCGUACUCACAAUCAAUAAUAAAAACUAAAUCAAGAGGUACAACAAAUGUUUGGAAACCAUCAUAUGGAUAUGAGAGAGAUCCAACCCCGGACGAAAUGAGAUUAUAUUUUCAAUAUAUUGACCGCUAUGAUCAUACUGGCGCUAGGGAUGUCCUAGGUCAUGCUGCAUACCUGAGAUGUUUGCGAAACGACCAAAAGAAUCAUUUGUAUUAUUAACAUUACAGUAUUCAUAAUUUCUCAGACCCAAAUAUUAUUACAAUUAUUUUGCAUAAGUACAACAUCAGUAACGAUAGUAAAACUAUCAUCGAUAUUCAUAUAUUCACUAAUUCACUUUUCGCUUUGUGAAACAAGUGUGAACAUCUAAAAUAUUUAGCGAUUUAACAAAUUGUAAAAAUUCUGUUUAUCAGAUAAUCAUAUUCGAACUUUUUGUGUAAAAACAUAUUGAUUUUGUGUUCUGUUUACUAGCCCUAAAAUGUUUGUUUCUUGUAUCCUUGCCUACCCUUAUUAUUUUUAUGGCCUUGGAGAAUUCAUUUUCAACUUUUUAACAAGAAGUUGCCAAAUUGCCCUCUUUAUGCUUUAAACAUGGUCAGUGAUAUUAGAAAACAGCUUAUUUAUGCUAUAAAAUAAUUCCUUUAUAAUUUGUAUUCUUUUCUGACAUAAAAUAAUCAUAAAAUAAUUUCCGCGAAGUCCCACGUAAUACAAAACAAAACUGAAAUACCGACCUUCCUUCCCUAUUGUUUUUAGCAAGUUAUCGAAAACAAACACAGACUGUGAAAUCAGUUGAACGUAUGGAAAUGAAAUUUCAUGUUUAGACGCAACGUUACGCAAUAACGAAACCCACGAAAAUUUACACGAUUUUUUUAUAAUUUCUUAGUGUAAAGUGUCCGAGUUAUAAUUGUAUGGGAAGAUUAAAUGAAUAAAGACUAUCUAUGAUGAUAUAUAUUUUAAUGAUCAGCUACGAUUGCUUGUUGAUUAAACUCUGAUAAAAAUCUUACUCAUACUACAAUGAAAUAUAAUAUGUAUGCGGAGCUUAGAGAGUCUGGCUUUAGAUUGACAGAUAAACUCUACUACAGUACACUUAGUAGUUGACCUUCAUUAAAAACAGAAUCUGAUAAAUCCUCUUUGAAUAUAUAACACCAUUUUAUUUUCCCAUUUCAUCGAAAACAAGUGAAUAAUGCGAUCUCUUUCAGUGAGUUUCCUUAACAUUAUAUGUGCAUAUGCAAUAUGUUGUGUUUUUGAUAAUAAAUUACAGUUUUUCAGAUUCACUAGUCUGAUAAAAGCGGCAGGGGCCAGUUUCGCAUUUGGCCCGGGUACGUUUUCUAAAUAAAACAGACAAAUGCACUUUAAAGGCAUUUAUAUUCAACUGGUUAUUUAUGAUGUUUAUAGAACUGAGGAUUCCUGCGUACGAGUAGUUAUUGUGUAAAGUAAAUAUGUACUUGAAUAGAUUUUCCUAGCUCCAUGUAGACGGCCGGGUCUAAAGUCUUACCUGAGGUAACGGAAUUCAGACGAAAUGGAAACGGUCAUUCAUUCAUCCAGAUUCAACAUAAAAUAGCGGAAAAAGUAAACGGUUAUGAGACACUUUCCUUCCCACCAUUAUUUUCGUCUGGCCACAUGCUUUAAAAAUAUACAAUCAUGUGUUUUAGGUCAGUCAGAUAAUACGGUAUAGGUCGCGCAAGGUGUGCAUUUUGGGCCAUUUUUGCCUCAAAAUUUAGUGUCCUGAAACCUGCGUUUUAUUCGUUUUUUAUCACAGAAGCAACAGAAUAGGCAGGCUGAAAAUGUCACACAAUGAAGUGCUAAGUCUCUGCAAUACAUUCGCUUAACACUUGCCAUUGGAUUUUUCAUGAUUUUUUUCGCACUGGUAUCAGUGCAGAUUUGUGGAAUUUUCAAAUUAACUGUCCCUUGCCCCCAAAAUAUAACUACGAUAAUAAAACUGGCCGUUCUCUGUUCAGUUGUACUUUCCGACGAUUUAAUCGACUCGUUUACAACAGUGUAGCUUUAUCACUUGUAUCUAUUAAUAGAAUUCAGUCAAGUGUGCGCAUCAUAUCCAUUUGAAACUUUGAACUGAGCUGCUUAUACUAUUUGAAUAUUUUGAAGCAAUCAGCACUACUGUUGGUGAUUUAGGUGAAUAGAUUCAACCAGUCGUGGCAGCAUUAUGGCAGCUAAGUUUACAACCGACCCAUCCCCAUCUGAUGAAGACUUUGAAAUUGUAAAAAAUCACCAAUAUCCACAUAUGAGGGAACUGUUGCAGUUAUUACUGACCGAAAUUCCGACACUGGUUCAAAACGCUCAGCUGGAACUUAAUGAGAACCUACUGACA